AAGAGGCUGAACGUUCCCGGAAGAUGCCCAUUACACCAGAAUCUCCCAGUGCGUGUCUGAGUCAGGAUAGUUAGUGCAGGCGAAACGUGCUUACACAACACAACAUUUUUUUUUGGUCUGCAACUUAUUAUCGCCAAAAACAACAACAACAAAAAAGAGGUAUUGAGCCAGCAUUUCAAGGUGCACCUGUGAGUGAGUAACAACCACAAAAAAGUUUGUUUAACGUCUGGACAGAGUUGCGUCUAAUUUAUUUUUGUGUUACGCAAAAGUCAGGGAUUGCAACUUUUAGUUCACCGUGUUGUUACCGCGAUGGAUUUUGAUCCGUCAGCUGUGAAAGCCUGCCGCUGAGUCUUCGACAUCUUACCGGGGUUGUAUACCACCAAACUUUGGCCCGGUUCUUAUUUCCCAGGAAAAUGUGACUGCCAGGAAUUCCCCACGCGUCAGCAGCCUCUGUGGGAGAAAACUGCGACCUUGUGUCAGGAAGCAGACGAUUAAAGCUGCGGCAGGAGGGUAAAUGUGACGGUUUGUGAGAUGAUGUAGCUUUUUUAGCACCGUUACAGCAGCCUCCCAACUCCCCAAACACACCGAGGGACCAUUAUGUGUGGUAACGUCGCCUGGUUUCACCAAAAAAUGUCAGUAAAACCACCGAACAUGCUUCACUGAUGACAACUUCCACCAGGGUGUAGAUGCUCCAGGCGCAGCGGGGCCCGGCCUCUGUGUCAGAGCGGGACGAGGCUGCUCCCACCUGGGCCACGGCACUGCCCUGAAGACGCCGGCUCGUGGUUUCUCUCUUCUCUCUCUGUCUCCACGCUGCGCGGAUCAGAAAACAGGACGGAGCACAGAGGCCAUUUUGUGAGGUGAAGCUGAGUGAAGCGGAGAGGGAGGAGGAGUAGUCACAGUGGGGAUAUUUUAGUCUGCUCCCCGCCCUCUGAACUGCACUGCGAUGACGACUGCAGUGCAGCCCAGCGAACUGGUGUUUGAAUUUGCCAGCAACGGGAUGGAUGAAAUGAAUCAGCUGGACGACCCGUCGGUAUUUCCAGCUGUGAUCGUGGAGCAGGUGCCCACAACCGAUCUGCUGCAGGUCUACUCGGGCCUCGAGUCCGAUGAGGUGACGAACGGUAUCAUGGUGGACAGAACCCUGCAUGUGGUGGAGGAGCCUUCCAUGUUGCCAGGAGAAGUGGACCUCUCAGAAACGGCAGUCUCAGGUGCCGAGGACAGCAUAGAGACGAACGAAGCCGCUGCAGCUCUGCUUAACAUGGAGUCUCCCAACAAUAUUUUGGACGAGAAGCGUAUGAUUCACACCUACAGCACUCUGCUGGACUCAGAAAUGACAUACGCCCCGCUGAGGCCCGACCAAAUGGACACUGUUGCCCUUGACGUGUCCCUAGACGAGGACACGUCCUCCAUGGAUGAGAUUCCUCAAAGGUGUCCUUUAAAACCUCAGAAAAAAACCAAAGUGCGAAAGCCCCGGGCGGUGCGUCCCUGCUCUCCUAUCACCACUCCUAACCUGCCACUCAGGAAGAAGAGCAAAGAGGGCAAAGGCAACACCAUCUACCUGUGGGAAUUCCUUCUGGCUUUGCUGCAAGACAAAAACACCUGUCCCAAAUACAUCAAGUGGACACAGCGCGAAAAAGGCAUCUUUAAGCUGGUGGACUCCAAGGCUGUUUCAAAGCUUUGGGGCAAACACAAGAACAAGCCCGACAUGAACUAUGAGACCAUGGGGAGGGCUCUCAGGUACUACUAUCAGAGAGGGAUCCUGGCUAAAGUGGAGGGGCAGCGGCUGGUUUAUCAGUUUAAGGAGAUGCCGUCUGACCUGGUGGUGAUCGACGACGAGGACGCGGUUUCGGACACCUGCGAGAAUCAGAGGUCUGCCAACGGGAGGUCUGUGGUUCGCGGAGGGUCCAAAGGCCAUGGAAGGGCACAUGGUGGGCACCAUGUCGCAGUGAAACACAUGAAGAAGGAGCCCGUUGACGAAAGGCUGUACCAGGACGUUAGCUGUGGACAGGCUGAGCAGCUCCUCCAUUCUGUUCAUGUUUUGCAAGAAAACCAUGGAUCAGGUGUUCAAGACGCAGCACAAGCAGUGAGGACAAUCAGCACUCCUGUAUCGGUACCUAUGGUGCUGACGUCCACUGGCUCGCUGCAGUCAGUCCCCCUCACAACUGUUCUGGCCAACGGGGAYUCCAGCCACUCCUCGCCUCCUCGGGUUAUCCUUCACACCAUUCCCUCCUCGACCGCAGUCGGUAAAGAUGUGCUCACCAUCCAGACGGCCUCUUUAGCAGGUGGWGCCAGCGGCCUGCCGGACGGCCUCCCGCAGCAGCUUCUGGUCACCAGCCUGGGCUCCUCCGCCACCUCCUGCACGUCCCCUCCGGGAGUCAUUAGUUCCGCCGCCUCCAGCCUCAACGGCCUCCCCCGCCUCGUCACCAUCAACACCACCAACGGGCAGACGAUGGUGGCGCAGCAGCCCGGCACCGUGAUCGCCACGGUGCUGAAAUCCAGCGACCUCUCGGGCCUSCAGGUCAAAGAGGAGAUGCUGGACGCCAGCUACUUCCAGUCCAUCGUGAACGGCGACCCGUCGCUGGCCGCGCACGCGUUCGAGAAGGAGGAGAUGGAGGCGGGGGAGGCGGAGCUGCAGUACAGGACUGUGAUCAUCGACACCAGUCAAAGUCAGGGCCACGGGGCCGCACACGAAACUGUAAUAAACGGACAUUACUCCCAGAGCAGCAGCCCCGGUGAGGGGCUGACCCCCGUGGAGGAGCUGGAGGUCCGCGGGGAGAUGUCCCUUCAGCCAGAGCCGGGAAUCAAAGGCCUGCAGGAGCUGCCGCUGUCUGUUCAGCUGCCUGCAAACUUUAUCCAGAUAAAAACAGAACCUGCAGAGGCUUAGAGCGACAGGACUCUUCCACAUAAGCUGAACCCCCCACCACCACACAAAAAAAAAAAAUCAUACAAUAGAAUUUCUGGUGAAAUAUUCUCUCUUCUACCACAAAGAUCUGAUGAAACAUCAGAAGUGAGAGGCGCGUUGCUCUUAAAAGCUGGUCAGUUCAGCCUCAGGAUUUAUUGUUUACUGACAUGUUUUGUGACCAUGUGCCUAAUUUCAAAAAUCUAGGGAGUAGUGGUUUUUUUUUUUCUUCUUCUUUUGUUCAAGAAAAGUUCCUUUUCAGAUGGCGACACGAAUCCCAACACGAAGACAAAAUACUUUCUCUCUACAGGAGAACAUCUGUUGGAUGAACCUGGGAUCUCUGUCCACCACAUGUGCCAGUUAAUUCUUUUUUACUCUACAUCUCGCAUGUCGGACUCACGGUAAUGGAGAACGAAAAGAAAACGAGGCCUGAAUGCCAAACAGUUGUGACGUCUGAAUACGUGCAAAGGUUUCUGAGGGAUGCAUCUGUGUCAUGGUUGUGUCCAAUCUGCCGAAAACAAAAAACAAAACAAAAAAAAACAUCUCAGAGUUUAAUUGAAGAGUGCCUUAUAAGAAGUCCAGACAGCUUGAGACUGUUGGAAGUGUUUGUGGAAAGAAUGAUAUCUAAGUACUUAAUAUUCAUAUAUUUUGAUAUAAACAGAAUAGAUGUUCGUAUAUUCUCCAUUAGCUUUCRCCUUAAAACACUGUGUUAUUAUGGAAAUGGGAAUUUCCCAUCCACCAAGGACAGCAGAACAUCAAAACUGUUUGUACAGGUCUGCAGACUGUGACACAGCAAAAUAGGGAGGAACAAAUGAAGAGACAGAAUCUGCCGAAUAAAACUGAUUUUUAUCAGUUUCUGUCUUGGAGACUCCCAAGGUUUAAAUCCUGUUUAUAUAAAAUAGAAUAUAUAUGAAUCUAUAAUUAUAUAUAAUGUAUGUAUGCAUAUGAAAUGCAAUUGAGAUUAAAUUUUAAGGCCACAACAAAUUUAUUUAUUUUGUGAAUUCCUAAAUUCUGUAUAAAAAAGGCACAUUUGUUUUCUAUUUAGUUGUGUGAACCUGAGGGAAGAUUAAAAAAAAAAAGAAUAUGAACGGUUAAAACAGGAAGCUUAUCUAGUAGUUUAUUUUCUGUAAGAUCGACUUUAUUUGUGUAGCAUUCCAUAUAAUCAGCUUUUUUUUWAAAUUCUGGACUCGAGUCCUCAGCGCAGCAUCAUUAUUCUGUUAUGUUGUGAACAUUUUCUUAUGUGUCUGAAAUAUUUAGUGAAUGUGCUUUUUGUUCCCCACCUUUCAGCGGAUAUACCUCUGUACCUUUUCCAACAGUCAGGCAGUCGUAGCAAUGUAUUCUUUAAAACUAUUUUUUAUAAAGUAUCAAUCAAUCUUUUCUAUUUCUAGGUUUUUUUUUUGUAAUUUUGAAAAAAAAAACUUUCCUUUUUUACUGUUCUCCUUGUCUUCUGUCCUGAUGUCUGGUCAGUUCAGUCUUCAUUUUUUUCCCUGUCCCACUUGGUUAAGAAGCUCUCAGGCCAGCCAUCCAAUUGGCUCCCUGUUUCUGUAGGGAAUGAAGCCAUAUUGAUCGUGAGUGGUAUCGCGGCUAAAUUGGUUGUAGUUUCCAGCCAGACUGUAGCUGCUAAGUGAGGACAUUCAGACGCACUGACCUCCAUCCUUGGCACAGGAGUAAAGGCGACUUUACAGCCUCCCAUCAGCCAAAGAGCUCCUCAUCCACAGGCGCUCUGAAUGUAUGCUUUUUUUUAAAGGACAUGCACAUAUUUUGACAAUAAUUACACUGGGUGACUUCUACAAUAAAAUCUGCCGAAUUUUGGUUGAAAUUUGCUGCUUUUUUUGCAGCUCAUUUUGUAUAUAUACUUCUGUAUUUAGGCUUUUUUUUUUGUUUGUUUCUUCUAAAAGCACUGUUGUCUGUGAAACUUUGAGGUAUGUCCCCUGCCUAUGUUUGGUUGCUUCUGUUGUCUUGGGUUGACCUCCUUUAUGCUGAAAGAUUUUUAAGAAAAAGUCAAAUUGCUAAUUAAAAACCAAAUCCUCUUUGCUGA